AUGUCGAGAUCUCCAGCAAAUGACGAAGUGGACAUCACCGCCGAGGAAAGGAUCAGCGCGAUGCGUGGUUAUCAAUCAGCGCUGAAAAACCCCCAUGUUUCGGACACCGCCAAGCGAGAGGCCAGCGACUUGCUCAGCAAUGAAUUGGGCUGGGAUAAACCCCGACGUGAAGUUCAUGCGCCGGGCAACCAUCACCCGGCGAGUAUGGAGGCUAGCACACGAGCCUUGGAUCCGUAUGGUAUAGCUCAAAAUGAGAAGCGGGGGGCAGAACUGUAA